GGCUGUAGUCAACAUCAUCACCGGGAAGUUGCAAAUAAUUGUGUACAAGUGAUAGAAAAACCGAUAAAACCAGACUAAAAUAGCGAUAUCAAUCGAUUAUGCCGAUCUGGUGAUACCAAUUGCUCCCUGGAUGUUGGUGGAUCCUCUGAAUGACAAUCAUCCAAGUGGAUUAGCAUCACACUGUCAUGGAGGUGGAGCAUUCCGCCGACAUGUAACUCUCCACCAUCCAACGAUUAUCCAACCGGACAUCCGUUGAGGACUGGGUCAAGGCCCCAGAAUAAUGAAAGAUUCACAUCUGAGCAGUUACCGAGGCACACGCCUCGACUCAUCCAACAAUUGCAUCAAUCAACUGGUGAUUGACAGCCACCUGUGACCAUCCAUAAGUAUUGGCUACGACUUGUUCAUACAGAGGCCCUCGAAGUGCACGUGAAAAUCGGUAGAAGAACGACGUGGUCAAGGCGGAAGAGGAAGAGACGGAAAAAAUACCCGGGGGUUUCAUUUAUUUAUAUAUUAUUUACAAAUCCAAGUGUCAGUGCUGAAGAAAAAUUGAUCCGUUGGGGGGGGGUGUGUGAGAUGAUGCGAUGGUACAGUGAAGGUGAUUGGAAAUUUCUGGAGAGCUGACUCGGGGUACACUUUGUUCUCUUUUAUUUGUCAUUCAUUUAAUCUACCCUUUGCACGAGCAAUUUAUCCCUCUGGCUCUGUCAAAAGUGGAAAGUGGACGGAAGAAAAUCACGUGGGGCUAGACGACUUUAUAAAUAAUUCCAGUCUCCCUUUGUUUUGCCCUCUGUCACUUCUCAUUCUUCCUUUCGUACCAUUUUUAUUUAUUUAUAUUGUUCUUCGUCUGGUCCCUCUGACCAAUGGCUAAUAUCUCCCAGGGGUGACGGAUGUUUAUCCACAAGUGGAUAGAGUAGACUGGAAUUUAGGAGUGAGGGAUUCAAGUUGGUGAGAGGUACUGACAUCCUGGAAUAGGAGAAUGGAGAUUGUGCGGAGGUUUUGUUGAUGACUGGUGGGAUUGGUUAAUUUGUUUAUAAAUUGUGGUGUGUGGUGAGGGUUUGAUCGUGAUGGGGUGCAAACUGACUAAACUCGUGUCGUCGGGAUCCCAGAAUCCGAGUGGACGGGAGAGUCCACCACCUCCACCGGCUACGGAUUCACGGCUACCACUUACUGCCAAGCAGAAGUACACUGUCACGUCUAGUUGGAAAGCUGUUGCCAGAGCUCUAGAACCCACUGGUAUUUACAUGUUCGUCAAGCUCUUUGAGGAGAAUGCCGAGCUGCUCAAUUUAUUCACCAAAUUUCGGGAGCUGAAGACUAAGGAAGAGCAAACUAAUAGCACAGCACUGGCUGAGCAUGCGGUUAAGGUCAUGCAGACACUGGAUGAGGGCAUCAAAGGGCUCGAUAAUAUGGAUGAAUUUUUCGAUUAUCUGCAUCAAGUCGGGGCCUCUCAUACCAAAAUUCCGGGCUUCAACAGAUCGCUUUUUUGGAUCAACAUCAAUGUUGAAGAGAAAGAACGAGGGAUGGAGCCAAAAGAAAGGGUCUUACAUUCCCUGAAUCAAGAUCCAUGAUCUCCAGUGAUUCCCAGUGAUCUCCAAUGAUCCCCAAUGAUCUCCAACGAUCUCCAACAACUCCAUAAAAAUCAAGGAGACAAGUCCAAUGACUCGGAGCAGUUCAACUCCUCCGUAAGCUAAAACUCAAGACAAUUUCUCUAAAAGAAAAAUAAAAAACUGACAAACUCAUAGUCAAUUUCACUUAAUCGUUCUCCAUCUUGACACUCACCAGUUUAACGGCUGAAGAAAUCGUCCUCGUGAUUCCUAAAUAAAACCGAGAUGAACCCUAACCAGAUAUGUGUUACUAGAAUUUAAUUAAGAGACAAUGACUGUGUGCGUGUUAUCAAUAACUUAAUAUCACGAAGAAAAGCCUCCGCUGGACUCAUAAUUCGUAAUUAAUGUGAAGACAAGUGGAAGUCGAGAUAAGAAUGGGAGGAAAAAAUAUGUGAAAGAUUUAUGAAAAUGAGAGAUUUAGGUGAAGUAAAGAAAGAAAAAAAAAACAUACGCGAGUCAACUCUCGCCAACCACGAUGUCAAUUUCUCAUGAGGUCUUUAAACUAGAACCACCCCUCAUUUUUUCACCUAUCCUCACCCUCUCCUCUACGCCCCUCAUUCAUCAAAUUUUUUUUCUCUCCCCUCUAGCCUGAUAUUCAACGCCUGAAAAUGUCCCAAUUUCCAUAGAUCCUCAUAUUUUCUGUUCAUUUUAAUAUUUAUUGGAAAAGGGGAUUGAA